AUGGCACAGACACGUCUGGUGGAUGUUUCGUUGGCGGAGUGUGACUUGUUGGCUAUUACAUCCUUGUUCUCCGCUUCUCCCACCAAGUCCAAGAAGAGAUCACGCUCAGAGGCUGCUGUCUCGUCAGUUCCAGUGAAGGGAACCAGAGUAUCAUUAGCAGACACACGUCUUCGUGGUAAUGUGCGACUUUGCGACCCUAAGAUAGUUUCUUUUCUGUCAGAGAACUUGGAGGCGUUCAAGACUGGCGAAGAGGUGUAUGGCCUUACACUCCCUGUUGUCCUGGCAGUAGAUUCUGAAUUUCUGACUGUUAAAAGCACCAGGAGCUCCUCCCAAUUCUUCAAAGUGGAAACAUCAAGUCUGGAACCUGAUGAGGCCUCCAGAAUUCAAGCACAGGUAAGGUUUCUAAAGAGACUGAAGUCGUCCAAGAAGUCUCCUACGUUGGAGCAUUCCCUGACCUGUUUUUGCGAGAUCUCGGUUGAGUCUGAAAAUCUUUCGGUUGCGGUGGAGAUUGCGUGGAAGAUAAACAUGAUUGAAAGCGUCUUUGAGAAAAUCCACAGCAUAGACGUUAAAGCCAUAGAGGCAGUGCUCGAAUUGGAGACCGAGAAAUGGCCUACAGAGUACCAGCGUGGAAUGGCAAUUGAUGACAUCAAGAGAUUGAGAUUGGAAACCGCAUCGUCAGAAUCAUUCUACGAGCUUAUCACACAAAAUACUCGCGCCUCUGCGACUGAAAAUCCCGAAGACAAUACCCCAGACCAACUGAAAGGAGAGCUGAUCAAGUUUCAGCGCGACUCGGUCGAAUGGUUAUUAAAACACGAAGGUGUAAAAUAUGACCCGAUAUCACGAAAAGUGCUUCGUAUCCCCUUUUUUGACCCCCGUUCAGAUGUUUAUGGCACCGUUGACAGAUGUCUUGAUAGGCUGUCGUUUGGAUUUUCCAGGGUGCAAUUCCACGGGAACCCCGAACCGUUUUACUAUAACCGAUAUUCUGGAAAUAUCAUAUCCGAGCAAGGAGCUCAUGCGGUUUUGCAACUGUUUGAAUGUCCACCAGCCCAGGCUUUACUGGCUGAAGAGAUGGGACUGGGCAAGACCGUCGAGAUCAUCUCCCUCAUUCUGCUGAACCCGCGCCCUUUUUCGAAUGAAGAGACUACAUUUGACAAUUUUGCAGGCAGACAAGUGUACAAGUCCAAGACUACGCUCAUAAUUUGCCCGGACUCCAUCAUCAGUCAAUGGAGCCAGGAGAUCGCCAAUUACGCACCGCACCUCUCAAGCACCACCUACAAGGGCAUCUACAGCUUUGAGAAAAGUUCCAAGGGAGAGACGAAGACUCCAAGCGAGAUGGCUGAGGAAUUGAAGGGUUUUGACGUGGUUCUGGUAUCAUAUCAGGUCGUUGCCAGAGAGCUUCAUCGGGCUCUGUUCAACCCGAGCUCCAGACCAAGAAGAAAGUGUGCUAGAAACCUCUCAAGUUUGUUGAAAGACCACGAGGUUGCAACCCCAGAACCUACAUUGGCAAAAGUGAAAAGUGAAGCCCUGGACUCAGAUGACGAGGAGGAGGAAUCGUACCACCGCAUUGACUAUUCGUCUCCACUGAUGCUCCUCCAAUUCUGGAGAAUUGUCCUUGAUGAAGUUCAGAUGGUGUCCAAUAAGAUCUCCAAUGCUGCCAAAAUUUGCAGAAUUAUCCCAAGGUACCACUCAUGGGGAGUUUCUGGGACUCCCAUCCGAAACAACCUCUCAGAUCUCCAGUCUACAUUGUCGUUCCUGAGGUUCACUCCUUUCGAUGAUACUACCACAGUUGCUGCCGAAGCAGCCUGGGGAAAGCUGGUCAAUGCGCAUCCUCCAAUUGACUUUAUAAGGCUAUGGAGACAGAUAGCCCUGAGACACACCAAAAGCAUGGUUGCUGACCAGAUCAAGCUUCCAGAGCAAAGCAGAGUGUUACUGACUGUUCCGUUCACUGCUGUUGAACGUGAUAAUUACGACCAUCUCUUUGACUCCUUUCUUUCAGAUGUGUCGUUGAAUGCCAAUGGAGAACCCAUCGUGGAAGACUGGGAGCCCACCACGACGGUUUUGACGUUCAUGCGUCAAUGGCUCGUGCGGCUCAGACAGACAUGUUGCCAUGCCCAAAUCAGGCAGGGCAAUGUUCGCAGAAGAAUUAACGAAAAUCUGGGAUUGGGAACUAUAGAUACUGUUCUGGACGAUAUCCGGAAGGAGUCUGCUAACGAGGUAUUGAACAGAGAGAGGUUCAUUGCACACACCGUGUUGGUGCAAGGUCAGGUUAGAGAGUACCAAAGAAGACCCGAAGACGCUAUAAAGAUCUGGAAAGGAAUCCUUCCUUUUAUAGAGGAGAAGGUGGAUGUCUUUCGCGAAGAACUUGCCAAUGCUAUGGAAGUUUCAAGAGUCAAUGACGUGACCGAAGAAUCUCAAGGUUCCCCAGUUCAGAAUUGUCGUCAGAGACUGAGAUCAUGGUUGGAGCUUCUUCAUAGGGCCUACUUCUUUAUUGGAUCAGGCCAUUACCAAUUGUACAACCCACUUCCCCCGAUCUCGGAGGUGGUUAAUUUGGAAGAGGAAGCGGUCCAGGCUUUGCCUAACAAAGACGACAUUGAAGACGAAGAUCUUACACCUGAAGAAUUAGCCCAAAGACUCAUAGAGAGGGAAUACUACGAGAAGGCUGAACUUCUCAGAAGAGAAAUGCUCGAAGAUAACAUCAAGAAGGUGAAGACUGCGGUUGAAAGUUUGAAGACCAAACUCGAAGAGGCAGUCCGUAAGAACGACAAGAAUGUGACUGUUGCCCAAAUAGAAGAGGGCAAAGAACUGCCUGUUGUUCCUAUUUUGGAGAUCCAGGACGUUUCGCAAUAUUCAGUGGGAUUGGAGUCUCGACUAGUGUUUGAAAAGUACGUGCUAUUGAUCAAAAGCCUGAAUAAGCAAGCCAGUUAUAUCAACUCAUGGAUUGGGAAGAUAGCCGAGGUUUUACAACGUCCUUUGAAUGAUGAUGAAGUUGAUAAGACUGGUAAGGAAUAUCAGACUUCUCUGGAUGACCAGGAGAUCACAUUCAGCUUCUUGGAAAUUUUGCAGUUGGUCUUGGAAGAUAGAGAACUCUGUGUACUCACUAUUGAUGACAGUGUUGCUGGAAAGAGGAAGCCCACCAGCAAUAUGGUGAUCCAGACGUUCCACACACAGGAAGAAUCUGCUCUGAGAAAAGAACUGAACGAUAUCAGGAACUCGAUACUUCCAGAUGCUGCUUACGAUGCCAAACUCUCUUUGAGAUCACUGGUUGCCAGAGUCAAAGAGCAAUUGGACGAGCUUUCUUUGAACCAGGACAAAAGAUCCGAAGUUGAGGCCAAGCUACUGGGAACCGUGUAUUCGAGAAUGAAAAAAGACUUUGACGUCCAGAAAAAGGCUUGCACAAUUGCUCGCAAGAUAUUUUCCGAAUCGUUGAACGAGACCUAUAACUCCAGGAUCGAGUAUUACAGAAGUCUUCAGGCAUUCUCGGAUAGUGUCAAAGCCUACAAGCCGGCUGAAACAUUGGCCAAUCCCAGCGAGGCCUCGGUCAAUUCCCACUUUGAAAGUUUGGCAAAGACUGUUUUUGAUGCACAGAACAGAGUCAGGUCCACAAAAGCACGUUUGCAUUAUCUGGAAAGUCUGAAAAAGGGCUUACAGGCAAACACCUUCUCGGAGGAAGAUAGGUUCUGCACCAUCUGUCAAUGCUCCAUUGUGAUCGGGUCUUUGACCGCUUGUGGCCACCAAUAUUGCAAAGAGUGUCUCGAGGAAUGGAUGAGAAACAAAAAGAUCUGUCCCAUCUGCAAGAGUCCACUGAGAAGCUCCAACAUCUAUAAUUUCACCUUCCCCAAGGCCAAGCUCAAGGGUAACAUGGUGGUAACCUCGGAAGAACAUACCGAGAACAGUGUUUCGAUUCAGAAACAGGAUUUGUUCUCGAUUUACAAGCCUCUGGAAGCCAAUGUUCUCGAGCAGAUCCAAGAGAUGGAGCUUGCCAAAUCGUAUGGUUCCAAGGUGGACCUUCUGGUGAAGCAAGUGAUGUGGUUGAAAAAGAACGAGCCCAACGUCCAGAUAAUUAUCUUUUCGCAAUGGGCAGAUCUUCUUUAUGUCAUUGGGAUUGCUUUGAAACAGAACCAAGUGGAAUUUUUGGGCUCUUCGGAAACACUUUCUAGUGGUAAUGGAAACUACAGCCAUGCAGGCACUGUGACGAACAUCGCCAAGUUCAAGAACGACAGCUCCAUCACGUGCUUUUUGCUUAACGCUAAAGCUCAGGCUGCUGGGCUGACUCUCGUGAACGCGUCGCACGUAUUUUUGUGCGAGCCUCUGGUGAACAGUCCGUUGGAACUGCAGGCCAUUAGUCGUAUCCACAGGAUUGGCCAGAAGAACCGAACUACGGUGUGGAUGUUCGUGAUCGAGAAUUCCGUCGAGGAAUCAAUCGUUUAUCUUUCUACGAAAAAGAGACUUGAUCUUAUCAAGAAGAAUCUGGGAAUGUCCGAGGAUGAAGACGAGUCCGAGGAGGCCAAGAACAACACCGUUGACUCCAUUGAGCUCACCAAGACUCUCAACGGCCUUAUUGAGAAGAGAACCGACGGCGGUGAAGUUGUUUCAAACCAGGAACUCUGGGCCUCCUUCUUCUCAGCAAAGACCUCCUACAUCUGA